GAAGUUCCACCGCUCGAUGUACCAGGACUUUUGGCAUUUUUAGUUAGGCAAUCUGGGCCAUUCUUGGAUCAAAUUGGUGUUAGAAGAGGAGCAGAAAGUGUGGUUUAUGAAGCUGUUUUGGAUGGAAACAAGGUUGCUAUGAAAAAACCCAUUUUGUCUACGUCUGAUCACAUUGAUAAAUUCCACAAGGAAUUGCAAAUGCGAUGCAAGUUAGAUCAUCCAGGAAUCGCCACAUUGGUUGCAGCACAUGCAAAGCCUCCAAAUUACAUGUUUUUCUUCAAAUUCUACGAGUCCCUAAAUUUGGCAGAGAAACUACAUGUGGAAGAGUGGAAUCCAAGUUUUGAUCAAGUGCUCACCAUCUCAGUCCAGUUAGCUAAAGCUCUGCAACAUCUACAUAAACUUGGGAUUGUACACAGGGAUGUAAAACCAGCAAUAUUCUUGCUUGAUGAAAACCUUCGUCCACAUCUGGCAGACUUUGGUUUAGCAGAAUAUAAGAAAGAUCUUAAACGAGUUUCUAUGGAGAACUGGAGGUCAUUUGGAAAGCCAACUGGUGGUUUCCAUAAAAAGAAUAUGGUCGGCACACUCAUUUAUAUGGCGCCUGAAAUAUUGAGAAAGGAGAUACAUAAUGAAAAGUCAGAUGUAUAUAGUUUUUCGAUGUGUUGCAGUGAACUGCUUACUGGUGUUGUCCCAUAUACUGAUCUUCAUGCAGAAGCACAGGCCCACGCUGUGCUGGAAAUGAACUGUACUGAACAGCAACUUACAGCAGCCGUGGUGUCUGAAGGAUUGCGACCUGCUCUUGCUGGUCACAGCUCGUCUGCACCAACAGGUUUCCCGUCCUUGAUACAGAGAUGUUGGGAUGCAAAUCCCCAAAAUAGGCCUUCUUUUGAUGAUAUUAUUCUGGAACUUGAUCCCAUCUUGGAAUGCAGAAAGAGAGUAGAGGAAGACGAAAAGGAAAAGGCACUUGUUGACCCCUCUAUCCCUCUUGGUGAUGAGGGCAUCCCGAGCCUUCUUGCUUAUCAAAAAAGUAUUAACUGGUUUACUGAGGGUGAAAACCUGUCAAAGAGAUCUUGUCUCGCAGCUGAUUCUGGUGUCAGAAUUUGGCCUGAUCCUUUUACUGAUCCUUCAGCAUACCAUCCAGUGCUGUCUUGAUCCUUCAGUACUUGUGGGAGUAGGGAGACAAUGGAGGACACUCACUUUCUUAUGCCCCAUAUGUGCGGUGAGAAGGAUAUCCAUGUGUUUGGAAUCUUUGAUGGUCAUCGAGGUGCAGCAGCUGCUGAGUUUUCUGCUCGAGCUCUACCAGGAUUUUUGCAAAGUCUUGGUUCCAUAAAAAGGUUUCUUCCAUUCUAUUAUUCUCGUGGGCUCUUUACAUUCUAUAAUCUAUAUAUGAAUGUGUGGAAAAAACCUGGGCUGAAACCACUGUGGUCGGCUGGGCUGGUUUCCAAUGUCUAA